GAAUUUACAGAUAAACCUUGUCUGAAAUACUACAAAUCUCAUACUCUUUCUAAAAAAUUGUAUUCCUAAUUACCCUUACAGCAUUAAAAUAGACGAGGCACACUAAAUUUUACUGUUCCCCGCCCUGACUAUUUUAUUUAUUUAUUUUUCUUAACUGCUUGAAAAUGUGUUUAAGAGUUCUUUUAUUUUAAAUGCUAUUAAAAUUCUUACUAAUUUACUUGUAGUUGUCCUGUGUAUUGUGUUCAGUGUUUAAAGGGGUGCCAGUUUUUCUUUUUGCCCAAACUGUGUAGGAGGUGUUGUACCUAAUAUUGAAAUAUUCCAGUCAGGCAACACUGCUUAUUGUUUCCAUUUUAAAUCAGUUUGAUCUCUGUCUAUAUCUUAAUUUUUUUACAUGUUAAAAAUGUUGACCAUCUUUCAUUGUUUUUGCAUAUUAUAUCAUACAUGCAAGUUCAUUAACCUGAGAGCAAUCAUUAAGUGAUCUAAAUUUGUUUUCUUUAUUUAAUCUUUUGUGCAAGGCGCAGGACCAAAACAUGUUAAAAAGUCUAAUGUAAGGUUAUGCACACUAAAAAGUAGAUAUAUAACUAUUUCCCUAAUUAGUUAAUGAAUUUCUAACAAUUCUGUUUGCUCUAAUAAAAUAUUUGUGUCAUUUGUGAAGCUGUAUUGUGACGCGUACCUGUAUACAAUACACUCUCCAUCAGUUUCACAUCUGUGUAAGAAUAUGGGUGGAGUUAUGACAUCACUGUAGUGUUAGAGAAAUUGAAACUAAGUUAAACGGAUGUCUUUAAUCUCACAGAGAAAUUGAAACUAAGUUCAACGGAUCUCUUUAAUUUCACAACAGAAUAUUUCUUCAGUCAUUGUAAGAGUAAACACAGCUGAUAUUCACUCACAGAAAGGGGUUAAGGAAGACAAGAACAAUGGAAGAAGCUUCACCAUCACCAAAAAGACAAAAACUAAUUGAAUCUCACUUUGAACUUGGCAUAGUGAUGUCUAACUGUAAUGCGAUCAACGGACCUGGAACUACUUCAUUGGUGAUGCCAUCCUCCAGUGAUCCAAUGACUGCGGAGCUUCAGUGUGCAAUCUGUCUGGAUGUGUUUAAUGAUCCAGUCACCACUCCAUGUGGACACAACUUCUGCAAGAUCUGCCUGAAGAAAUGUUGGGACAACAGUGAGAACUGCAGGUGUCCAAACUGUAAAGAAACAUUUGAGAAGAGACCUGAACUCAAGAUUAAUACAACACUCAGAAAUCUCAUGGAUGAACAUAAGAAGAAAACUGCAGAGAAACAACCUGAAGUUUUCUGCGACAUCUGUGAUGAAGUAAAACUGAAGGCUGUGAAGUCCUGUCUGGUGUGUCAGAGCUCUUACUGUAAAAUUCACCUGGAGCCUCAUAUGAGAGUGACAGGUUUAAAGAAACACAAACUGAUUGAUCCUGUGAAUAAUCUGCAGGAUUAUAUAUGUCAGAAACAUGAGAGACCUCUGGAGCUCUUCUGUAGAGAUGAUCAGACAUGUGUGUGUCUGUUUUGUACUGAUGGAGAUCACAAGAAUCACAACACUGUGACUUUAGAGAAGGAGACUGAAGAGAAGAAGAUUGAGCUGUUGAAGACACAGACAGACGUGCAGCAGAAGAUCCAAGACAGAAUCAAGAAGAUUCAAGAUAUCAAACAUUCAGCAAAACUUAGAAGAAGAAACACAGAGAAGGAGAAAGCAGCCAGCGUGGAGAUCUUCACUGAUCUCAUCAGAUCCAUUGAGAGAAGUCAGUCUGAUCUGAUGAAGAUGAUGGAGGAGAAGCAGAAAGCAGCAGAGAAACAGGAUGAAGAUCUCAUUAAAGAUCUGAAGCAGGAGAUCACUGAGCUGAAGAGAAGAAACACUGAGCUUGAAGAGAUCAUAAACACUGAAGAUCAUGUUCACCUCAUACAGAGUCACUCAUCCAUCUGUAGGCCUUUAAACAUCAAGAACUGGCUUGAGAUCAGUAUGAAGACUCAUGUGAGUGUGCAGGAUAUGAGGAGAUCUCUGACUAAACUGCAGGAGACUCUUCAGGAAAAAAUUGGUGAAGCUGAGUUUAAGUGGAUGCAGCAGUAUGCAGUGGAUGUGACUCUGGAUCCUGAUACAGCAAAUCCAUAUCUCAUCCUGUCUGAUGAUAACAAACAAGUGAGCUGUGGAAAUAUUAAACAUAAACUCCCCAACAACCCAAAGAGGUUUGAUACAUGUGGAAAUGUCCUGGGAAAGCAGGGAUUCUCAUCAGGGAGAUUUUAUUAUGAGGUUCAGGUGAAUGGUAAGACUGCCUGGAAUUUAGGUGUGGCCAGAGAAUCUGUUAAAAGGAAGGAAAAAACCGCACUGACACCAACGAAUGGAUUCUGGACUUUGACUCUGAUGAAGAAGAAUGAAUAUUUAGCUUCUGAUGAUCCUCUGUCUCUGAAAGUGGGUCCACAGAAGGUGGGUGUGUUUGUGGAUUAUGAGGAGGGUUUGGUCUCCUUUUAUAAAGUGGAGUCCAGAUCUCAUAUCUACUCUUUCACUGAUCAAUCUUUCAAUGAGAAACUUUAUCCAUAUUUUAACCCAUGUUUAAAUGAAAAAGGUAAAAACUCAGCCCCAUUGAUCAUCACACCUGUCAAUAACAAUCAGUAAAUUUACAAACAAUAAUACUUUCUACAGUUAACAAAAUGAAAAUUUGCACCUGCCGAUUCUGAAGAGAUGACAAUAUUUUGUAAUGUCUUUAGAUGUCAUUGUCAUAGAUUUUGGUCUAAAUGUAUUGGUGAUGUGAUGUUUGGGAGUGUAUCAUAAUAUAAUAAAAAUAAUAACUGGUA